UCCUUUCGGCGGCGCCGAGCUCCAGGCGCCUCUUGCCAGGAGCCCCCCGCUUUCGAGGCGGGAAAAGGCGGCCUGGCAGGGGGUGGGAACUCGGGUCCCCCGAGCCCUGGGACGGGGAGGGGAGCGCUCGGCCACCGAGCCGAGGAGCAGCCGUGUGACUGAACCCGAAUGACAAACCAGCGGACCUCAGGUUGCUCUUGAGGUUGGCUUAGUCCAGUAUGCAGUUUUGAACCUGGCUUAGGCCACACCCACUCCAACUCUGGAUAUCCUCCACGGAGGCUCAGAGAAGGCAUUAGAUUUAUCCUAAAGUACCUGAAUAACAUCUCUUCAUAAAGAAACCACCGCAGCUCCAGGGAGCCGGGGGAGUGUCACUGUCAGCUUUGGCAGAAGCCAGUAUGGCUAUUGCCCUGCAGCCCAGUGAUUUGGUGUUUGAGUUUGCAAGCAACGGGAUGGAUGACAUCCACCAGCUGGAAGACCCUUCAGUGUUCCCAGCUGUGAUUGUGGAGCAGGUCCCCUAUCCUGAAUUACUGCAUCUAUACUCGGGACUGGAUCUGGAUGAUGUCCACACUGGCAUCAUAAGGGACAGGACCUUGUGCAUGACACAGGAUCAGAUCCUAGAAGGCGGUAUUUUGCUGGCAGAUGACAAUGAGUCCACCUCACAAAAUGUGUCAUCUACUGAAGUCCUAUUCAAUGUGGAAUCUCCCAAUGAAGUCCUGGACGAGAAGCAGAUCUUCAGCACACCUGAAAUACUUCCAGACUCAGAUUCUGUACAGGCCGUCAGUCUGCCCAACUUCCUGUUUUCUGCCACUGAACCUGAAGACCCGAAGAAGACAAGCGAUACUGGUGACCAGAAGGAGCAGUCUCUGGAGGAGAGGGUUUCCAGAGAGGAAAGUCCUAAGAAGAUCGGGAAGUCAAGGAAGAGAAGCCGAAAGACAAAGAACAACCGAAGUACCUCACCUGUCACUGACCCCAGCAUUCCCAUACGGAAGAAAUCCAAGGAUGGCAAAGGCAGUACUAUUUAUCUGUGGGAGUUCCUUCUGGCCCUUUUACAAGACAGAAACACCUGCCCCAAGUACAUCAAGUGGACCCAGCGAGAGAAAGGCAUCUUCAAGUUGGUGGAUUCCAAGGCUGUGUCCAAGCUGUGGGGCAAGCAGAAAAACAAGCCUGACAUGAACUAUGAGACCAUGGGGCGGGCUCUAAGAUAUUACUACCAAAGAGGAAUCCUGGCCAAAGUGGAAGGGCAGAGGCUGGUAUACCAGUUUAAGGAGAUGCCUAAAGACUUGGUGGUGAUUGAAGAUGAGGAGGAGAGCACUGAGACAGCUGAAGCCCCUCCCCAAGCUUCUACUUCUUCCACACCCUCUACCAGCACCAUCCGGAGAGCCAGCUCCAGGGUCUUAACCAGAACCUCCCCCCAGGACAAGGAUAGCACUUCCUGGGAGAAGCCAAAGGUUCAACACACUGGUCUCCAGCCAUCUGCAAGUCUGGAGUUAGGACUGUCUGUGGACGAGGAGGUCCCCACUACCUCCACCAUGCUUGUCUCUCCACUACAGAGCCAGGCCAAGCUCACCAAGACUGUGAGUACUUCUUCAGUGCCCAGUAACAUCCACCUAGGAGUAACCCCUGUGGGGCCGGGCUCCACUGUCACUCUGCAGACCAUCCCGCUGACUACGGUGCUGACCAAUGGGCCUCCUGCCAGUACUACUGCUCCCACUCAACUCGUUCUCCAGAGUGUUCCACAGGUGUCAACAUUCAAAGACACCUUCACUUUGCAGGCCUCCUUCCCCCUGAACACCAGUUUCCAAGAGAACCAGGUGGCAACCCAAGGGGCCCCAUUGAUCCUCAGUGGCCUCCCUCAACUUUUGGCUGGGGCUAACCAUCCAACCAACCCAAUACCAUCCCAGGUCAUAGGUGCUGGCUCAGCAGGGCCUAGCUCUCAGCCCCCUGGGACUGUCAUUGCUGCCUUUAUCAGGACUUCUGGUGGCACAUCAGUGUCUGGGGUAAAGGAGGGGCCCUUGAGGUCCCCCUCAUAUGUGCAGGGUGUGGUGACUGGGCCUCCCGUGGAGGGGCUGUUGGUUCCUGAAGAGACCCUGAGAGAGCUCCUGAGAGAUCAGGCUCAUCUUCAGCCACUUCAGAGUCCGGUGCUUUCAAGAGGUUCCCAUAACCUGAGCCUUGUGGGGAACCAGACUUUAUCUCCCCCCAGCCGCCCCACUGUUGGGCUAACCCCAGUGGCUGAACUUGAGCUCUCAUCAGGCUCAGGGUCCAUGCUUGUAGCUGAGCCUAGUGUGACCACAUCUGGGAGCCUGCUGACCACAUCCCCAACCCCCGCUCCUUUCUCCCCAUUCAAUCCCACUUCCCUCAUUAAGAUGGAGCCUCCUCAUGACAUAUAAAGAAAGGGAUCAAAAGUAUGACCUACCAGGCAAAUUUGUGAAGCAUUUUCAUGUGGACUUAAGUAGGUAGAAUACCUGCCCUUACAUCUAGUGGGGUGUGAUACAUUUGAUACCAGGUCCUCCAGGCCUGUUUUGACAUCACCAUGAUCCAACUAUGCCCAGCUCAAGCAUCCCUUGACAUCAGGCCAUGGCCUUCAAGAGCACUAGGGGGUUGUUAUGCUCUUGGAAGGAUAAUGGACUAACUUGCUGAUGGAAGGAGAGCCCCAAACCAGAAAACACCUUGUGGCCAGAGCUGGUCAGAGGCCACAUGAGAAGAGUCAAGCCUGGUCAUACUUUGUUAUCUAUAGUCCCUACACAGGGAACUUACCAUCCCAUAUGUGAAUAUCUUCGUGUGUAUUUGUGUGCACUUGUAGGUCUGUGCCUUCGUUUCUUUGAGGAGGAUGAGAUGUAGAUGUCAGGUCUUUUCUUGAAGUGUGUGUGUGUGUGUGUGUGUGUGUGUGUGUGUGUGUGUGUCCAUCCAUUCCUAGGUCAGCCACAGACAUGAGGCAGUUUUAAGAGAAAGUGCUAUCUAUCUAUCUAAUCUAAUCUCUCUCUCUCUCUCUCUCUCUCUCUCUCUCUCUCUCUCUCUCUCUCUCUUUUUCUCUCUCAUAGCCACAAUGCCAUUCUGAGACUAGAAAGUACGAGUUGAAUGUCCCCAGUCUGGAUAGAUAUCAUGGAGAUGGAACGGGUCUAGGUAGGAGAUCUGCAAUGGGUGCAUAUGCCGAGAGGACAUUGCUAAGGGACAAGAGGCCACAUAUGCUAACCGCAUAGCAGGAGGGAAAAGAAGCACACCUAGCCUUGGGAGCAAUUGUUUGCUGUAGUCACCUUACCAUCAGUCUGGAACCUGAAGUACUUUGCCCAAGGUUGUGGGGAAAAGCACUUACCUAUAGUCAGCCCCAAUUAUAAAGUCCCUAGGCAGGCCUGAAUGAACUGAACGUUUGUGGCCAGACCUUUGGCUGUGUGUGCGAUCAGCCCUAUGCUUGACAGUAGCCUUUUUUGGCACAGCGCUCCUCAUUCCCCGUCUCAGGUUCCUUCUUCAUUCCGUUUGAGAUGUUCCACCUGUCACAAGUCGCUGAGGCUAGUGGCGUGGCAACCCAGCUCCAGUCACACAGUGCUCUCUAUCCCACCCUCUCCUUCUCAGGUGGACCGUUGCUUUUCAUUUCUAGCUAUCAAACCUAACCCAAUUCACCAAGAAGACAAGAGCUAGUACACAUGAGUUCCCAUAGCUCCUGUCAGCACAAUUCGACUCUACUUCUUGUCUGUUCCUGCACAGGGUUCUGAUCUCUCUUAAAGUCAGCCUCUCUGCCAAGGGCCUCCUUCCCCCUUCCUUGAACCUGCUUGCCUCUCUCCUACCAGGUGUAGGGGCAAUGCUUAGAGAUGUCAGGCCCAGAAGCAACUCUAGCCUCUGGUAAAUUUGGUUAAUGUGAACCAGUGCUCCAGGACCUUUGCUAUGUCCUUUGUGCCAAAGCACCCACUUGACCUAACUACCUCCCUGGCUGGUCAUCAUUCUCUCCUACUGUUCUAGCUCCUUCCCUGCGGCGGGGAGGGGGGGCAUCUGUGGUUAUGCAGUUUCAUUUGCUACAUUCCCAGCAAUUGGCACUGAAAUGUCUGUGCUAAUAAAAUCAGCUUAUGAUGACACUCU